AUGGCCAAGGAAAGAUGCCUCAAAAAGUCUUUUCAAGAUAGUCUUGAAGACAUAAAGAAACAAAUAAAAGAGAAAAGGAGUAAAAAUUUGACAGAGAUUAAACGAAAGUCUUUGAUCAUUGCACCAUGCCAAACAACCACCAACACUUCCAAAGUGCUAAACUAUGAAGACAACAACAGAAUGUUAGCCUUAGCUUUGGAAAAUGAAAAGUCCAAAUUGAAAGAAGCCCACGAUGUCAUCUUAAAACUGAGGAGAGAAUGUUACUUCCUCAGCUAUCAGUUAUACACACUGAAAAAUAAACUUACGUCACAACAGACAGAAGAACCUGCUCAGAACCUAGAAUUAAGUCCCUCUGGAAUGGACUCCAGAAGUGGAACGGACUCCAAUAGUGACAACAACUCCAGAGACUUGUUUGUGAAGCAUUUACCGCAAGUUCUUGAGGAUGCUGACUGUCCAGGACAAGAAGAAUCAUUCCAAGUAGAAGAGCCAAUACCUACUAUUUCUCAAGACAGACCGAGAUUUGAUUUGGAUUCAAGUGAAGAUAAGUCAACCGAUAUUGUCUUACCUAGAACUAUAUCUCUCCGUCGUGGUUUAAAGAAAUACAUUAACAGUCCAUGUCAGAUUACUGCUGUGGAUGAUUUUGGAAUCAGUCAUUUGUCAGAGGACUCUUUGGAACUAGAAAGGAUUAGAUUUGCAGACCCACCUAUAAGCACAUGGAUACCUGAAAAUAUAGAACAAAGUGUUUGUCGGUACAACAGGAGUCAAAUUUACUCAUCACCAAGGCUGAUUCACCCAGGACGAGCUACUAAAACAAAGAAAGACGUUUAUGACUAUAAAUCACAACAAACUAAGCACAGAGGUGCCAAAGAAAGAAAAGGAAAAGAGAAAGCUAACAAAAGGGGAAAAUCAAAAUCUGUAUCAAAGUAUAAAGGGAGCAAAAGUGAAAAUAAAACUGUUUCCAAAAAAAAGUUGAAUGAAGUUGUCACCUCCUGUGAUGCUUACAAUUUUAAUUUGGAAGAAGGUGUUCACCUCACUCCUUUUCGGCAAAAAGUGUGCAAUGAUGCUAAAAGAGAAGAAACCAACGAUGAAUCUGAAGUGAGCAUCUGUGAAUCAAGCUGUUCAGGAGAUGAUUCUGAUGACCUCUAUGUUCCCACGUGCAAGUCCAGUCCAGAUCUCAGCAGUGAAUCAACUAGGAGUCCUGUCCCCAGGCCUCGACCUAAGCGAGCACUGAGACAUAGGGGCGGAAAGGAGACAGAGGGCUCUGAGACAAGGGAAGCUCCUCCUGGUGCACUACUUGAAACUCACCAGUCACCUCAUUUUAGCCUGAAGGAUAUCACGAAUGUCCCUUUGUAUCCUGUGAUGAAAACCAGAAAGCUUUCUCUUUCUCCAAAAAAGAAUGUAGAAAGCCCACCAGUGUCUUUACGUAAACGCAGGUGCACAGCCGCCAUCGUGAACUAUAAGGAACCCACGCUUGCUUCGAAACUGAGAAGAGGGGACCCUUUUACAGAUUUGUGUUUCUUGAAUUCGCCUAUUUUCAAGCAGAAAAAAGAUUCCAGGCACUGUUCUAAAAAAAAAUAA